UGACAAUUGUUGAUAAUCAACUAGAGUUAUUUUUUGCAUUUCGUGAAAUAUAAUACGCAAGCCCCUGGCUUUGGGGUCUUGGACUAUAGUGUAAUAGCAUUAGGUUACGAUCUUACAUGAAGGGCUAAUGGAGGAAGCAAGAGAUUUGGCUGAGCGCAGUUCGCGUUCAGAGCGCAAGAGGAGAGACUCGUUCGGCAUUUUUGAUGGAUAUGACAGCAGUGAGGAGUCGAGCAGCAGCUCCAGCUCGGAGGACAGCGAGGAUGAAGUGCGCAACAUGCCCCCAAGCCUGCCCAUCAUUAAGAACAACGGCCAAGUUUACACUUACCCAGAUGGCAAGGCAGGAAUGGCAACUUGCGAAAUGUGUGGCAUGGUUGGGGUACGAGAUGCUUUCUACUCAAAAACAAAGAGGUUCUGUAGUGUGUCCUGCUCCAGAAGCUACUCCUCCAAUUCUAAAAAAGCCAGCAUACUGGCAAGACUUCAGGGUAAACCACCAACAAAAAAGGCAAAGGUCUUACAGAAACAGCCACUAAUGGCAAAGUUGGCAGCUUAUGCACAGUAUCAAGCAAAUCAGCAGAACCAAGUUAAAUCAAAAUCAGUGGUUCCUGUUGAGGAGUUUGACUGGGGCAGGUACAUCUGUAGCAAUAACCUGGUCGGAGCACCAGUAACCUGUUUCAAGCAUGUACCAUUGUGUACAUUCUGGAGUGACGUCACUGAGGGUGUGAGGGUAGAGGUCCUCAAUUCUGACACAAACCUCUCUACCAAAGUUUACUGGAUAGCAGGGAUUGUAAAAUUGGCAGGUUUCAAAGCGCUUCUUCGAUAUGAGGGAUUUGAUAAUGACUCGAGUCAUGACUUCUGGUGUAAUCUGUGUGUCCCUGAAAUACAUCCUGUUGGAUGGUGUGCCUCAAAUGGAAAACCCCUGGUACCUCCGAAAUCAAUCCAACACAAGUGCUCUAACUGGAAGGCAUUUCUUGUGAAGCGACUAACUGGAGCCAAAACUCUCCCAUCUGAUUUUUCUGUAAAGGUGCACGAGAGCACACAAUACCCGUUUAAGAAACUAAUGCGUGUGGAGGUGGUGGAUAAAACGCACUUGUGCCGAACGCGUGUGGCUCUGGUCGAGCAGGUGAUUGGGGGCCGUUUGCGUCUGGUCUACGAGGAGAGCCAGGAUGGCACAGAUGACUUCUGGUGUCACAUGUACAGCCCACUCAUCCAUUCCAUUGGCUGGUCAAGGAGUAUUGGACACCGCUUCAAAAGAUCUGAUGUGUCAAAGAAAAUUGAGGGCCUUACCGAUGCUCCUUCCCAGUUAUUUUUGAAGGUGAAGGAUGUAGACCAAAGUGGCGAUUGGUUCAAAGACAACAUGAAGCUAGAGGCAAUAGACCCUCUCAACCUCUCAGCUAUAUGUGUCGCUACUGUAAGAAAGGUGUUAGCAGAUGGGUACCUCAUGAUUGGGAUUGAUGGCUCAGAGGCAGCAGAUGGCUCUGAUUGGUUCUGCUACCACUCCACCUCUCCCUCCAUCUUCCCUGCAGGCUUCUGUGAAAUCAACAGUAUCGAGCUCACACCCCCAAGAGGGUACUCUAAACUGCCAUUCAAAUGGUUUGACUACCUCAGAGAAACCGGGUCAAGAGCAGCCCCUGUGAAACUCUUUAACAAAGACGUCCCCAACCAUGGCUUCCGCGAGGGGAUGAAGCUGGAGGCGGUAGACCUGAUGGAGCCGCGUCUGGUUUGCGUGGCCACCAUCACUAGGAUCGUCCACCGGCUCCUCCGCAUCCACUUUGACGGCUGGGAGGACGAGUACGACCAGUGGGUGGACUGCGAGUCCCCAGACCUCUACCCAGUGGGCUGGUGUCAGCUCACUGGUUACCAGCUCCAGCCUCCCGCAGCACAGGCCACAAGAGAAGCACCUCUGAAUGUGACAAAGCAGAAGAAGAAAGCUCCACAGUACAAAGGGCAGAAGAAAAAGAGGAAGAUUCCAGUUGGGAGGAGGCCGGUCGGGUUUGGUGGGUCUCUGAGGAGGAGCAGUUUCUCAGGCGAUGAAGAGCAGACUCCGCCCCAUUACCUGCUCCACCCGUCUGGGUCCAGGCGACCUCCCGCCUCAGGGGUGGAGCGUGAUCGCUCUCUCAACUCAGAGGUCCCACUGCAGCUAAAGGAGGAGACUCCGGAGGUGGAUGAGUUCACCUUCUCGCAGGGCAUGUCGGAUCAAGAGAGCAACGGCUCAGGCAGCUACUGCAUUAAGCAGGAUCCCUGAGCAAUGGUGGUCGCCUUGCCCCGGAGGCUUACCUCACUGCCAGCAGCACUGGAAGGUCCCAUUCAGAGCGAUGCACACAGGACCUGGAAGAACAGGGUGAUGGCUUGCUUUCCUCUUCCGUGCCAGCUCUUUUUUUUCUUUUCAGGUAAGAAAAGUCGAUGAAAAGACAAUUCGGUGACAUUUUCACAAGACCGAAGUAACAGGGAUUCUCUUUGGAAUGGGGACGUUCUUGAUUUCCCGUCUUUUGUUUUAGUCAGUUUGCCCGAUGGACGACACACUCAG